AUGACCCCGGGAGCACAGCGCACUGGCUGUGCAGCUGCAGGGCUUAGCCUUUCCUCCUGUGUCCUGGGUGCACCCAUUACUCCCCAGUCUGACCCCACAACAGACCCCUAUUCCUGGGAUAUUGUGUUUGGUGUUGCGUAUCAUAUCCAAAUCCAAUAUGAACACUCUUUGUAUAUUUUCUCUUCUAGAAAUAAAAAAAUGGAGAUGCUUCAGACAGGUGAAAAAGCUACCUUCUCCACAGGCAGAAAGGAAGAUGGCUGCACCCCAGGGUCAGGGCCCCUGAGGAUCCUCUUGGCGGGUCUAUCUGGCUGUGGAAAAAGCGCCACAGGGAACAGCAUCCUCCGCCGACAAGCCUUCGAGUCCAGGCUCAGAGGCCAGUCAGUGACCAGGACCAGCCAGGCAGAGACGGGCACAUGGAAGGGAAGGAGACUGCUAGUGGUAGACACGCCCCCCAUCUUUGGGUCAAAGGCCCAGAACCAAGACAUGAACAAGGACAUUGGAGAUUGUUACCUGCUGUGUGCCCCAGGACCCCACGUGCUGCUGCUGGUGACCCAGCUGGGACGCUUCACAGCUCAGGACACCCUAGCCGUGAGGAGGGUGAAGGAGAUCUUCGGGGCAGGAGUCAUGAGGCACAUGAUUGUCCUCUUCACCCACAAGGAAGACCUGGCAAAUGAGACUUUGGAUGAGUUUGUGACCCACACUGACAACCACAGCCUGCGCAGCCUGGUCCACGAGUGUGGGAGGAGGUACUGUGCCUUUAAUAACAGGGCCUCAGGGGAAGAGCAGCAGGGACAGCUGGCAGAGCUCAUGGCCCUGGUGAGGGGGCUGGAGCAGGAGUGUGAGGGCUCUUUCCAUAGCAACGACCUCUUCCUUCAUGCCCAGGAGCUCCUUAAUGGUGGCUACAGUGAGUACCAGGAAGCCUACAGGUGCUACCUGGCCAAGGUGAGGCAGGAGGUGGAGAGGCAGAAGCGGGAGCUGGAGGAGCAGGAGAGCAACUGGGUCCUCAAGCUCCUCCUCCGAGGCAAAGCGUGGAUGGUUUUGCACUCUGGGACUUGCGCUAGUUUUGUAUUGGGCAUAGCAAUCCUCACUGUUAUUUUUAUGUUCAUAUAUUCUAACGUUUGA